CAGAAGUUCAAGGCAUGCACCUACUGCAGCAGCACCAAAAGGUAUGGAGGCAGGCUCUAUACUUCCCAGAGCUGGUAAAGAUGGUGAUAUCGAGGAGCGUGCAACUGAAGCCGACUGGCCAUGGAAUAGCACUUGGAAGAGUGAUGGCAAAGGCUGUGAUGAAUGCAGCUCUUUGUGCAAGUUUGGAUGGCAUGCUCCCAAUGGUCAGUACUAUUGCAAGACUUGCUGGGAUCAUUGGCAUACUUUGCCUGCAUCGGUACCUGUACAUCAGCGAAGCCGGGACAACGAGCUCCGUGUGACCCGGCCGCCCAAGCGCGGCUUCCGGAUCUUCAACGGCUGCGCUUGCUGCGAUCCGGCGCAGCAGCAAGACGCGCGCACGCGCAUGGCGUCGCCCUUGUACCGGCGGCGCCACGUGGAGGAGUUGCAGAAUCUCUCCUAUUGUGACGCUCAUUGUCAUUUGGACAUUUUGUUGCACAACUUGAAGAAUGGCGGAAAGCUUUGGGGAGGAAAAGAAAAGCUUUGCAAGAUGUGGAUCACUGGAGAUUGCUGGUACGGCAGGGACUGUGAGUACGCUCACGGAGAACAUGAGCUUGUACCUCGAGAAGUCCUGAGCCGAGAGCAUGUGGAAAAGUAUUUGCUGGAGGUACGCACGAAUCCACAACAUGCAUCGUUAAAAUGGUUGGUGACCAACUGCUGCGAGCUGGACGCGAUUGAGGAUACCAAGAUCAUUAUUGAAUGUGCAGAUCAGCUUGGACUGAAUUCCGUCUACUGCACUCUUGGUUGUCAUCCACAUGACUAUCGUGAUUUUACCGAAGAGGCGGAGAAACUCUUGCGCAAUGCAAUCCAAGCAUUUGGGAAGCGCAUGGUGGCUGUUGGCGAAUGCGGGCUUGACUACUGGAAAAAUUUCGAUGAGUCCUGCGACGAACAAGAGAGAGCCAGAAUGCUGGAUGUCUUCGCACGACAGGUUCGUAUGGGUGUUGACUAUGACCUUCCAGUGGUGGUCCAUGCGCGUGAUGCGGAUGGUGACACCUUGGAGGUCUUGAAGCAGUUUUUGCCAAAGGAGCACAAGGUCUACAUUCAUGCCUAUCAGGGUGGACUGCAGAUGAUGAACGAUGCUUUACUGGAGUUCCCCAACUGUGUCUUCGGGGUCAGCAGCAUGGUCUGGUGCAGUGAAGGUGCCAAGGCCACGGCCAUCCACUGCCCUCUGCAGCGGAUGGUCCUGGAGACGGACGCGCCCUACCUGGCCUCCGAGCCCUUCGACAUCCCGGCGCUCGCAGAGAGGGUGGCGGAGCUGAAGGGUGUGACUCUGGAGGAGGUGCUCCGAGUCACCUUGGAAGUGAGCCAAAACUUCUAUGGCCUUGGCUAACAUAGAUGCUUCUGAUCCGACUUGGGCCAAGUCACUCGCCUACGACGGAUGUACGUGCUACCUUUUUGGAGUAGCCAAUCUUUCUUAUUGUUUGCCACGAUCCGCCACUUACUGAUAGCACAAACACUCACCACCCAGCAAGAAUUUGGCCUGUGUGCUGCUAGACAGAUUCCUGGUCGAGCUGCACACUUGCAAAUCGGCUACUGGACACCUAUCUUCAAAGAAACCGUUCAAGAUGGCAUAAGUCCUGCCGUAGCAGAACCUGAUCGAUGUCGACCUCAGAUGAAUAAAUCAACCCGUGUUCCCAGAGAGUCUCUCUGGGACACGGAAGAUUACUUCAUCCGGGGUUCGACCUUGUUAGACCGUUCUUGCAUGAUUGAAGGAGUCCAAGUGGUGAGGAGAGCCAUGAGCCGACAGCCGCGAGCCACCACGUACAGGUGAUUGUUGGAAAGGAACUGUUCAUGGUCCAAAUCUUUCAAAAGGCGGGAGACCUAGAAUUGACAAAGUGGAUUGGCGGUCUACUUUCCAGGAAAAUGCCCAACUUUGUGGUGA